AUGAAAAACAUCCAGACAGAGAUCCUUACAUCUUUGAUACCAUUCCCUGUGGAGAAGCAGAGAAACGGACAGAGCUUUACAGAACACUUCCUUCUCAAGCGAAGUCCCUGGCUGGAGUGUCCGCCCACGAUCCCCCCACUCCCUUUUAUAUACCAUCAUCCCCUCCACAUCUCCCCACUCCCACUCGAAUCCCUCCUCCGCAGCCUUGACCUUCCAAUAGAAUAA